UCGCGACAAUGACUAUUCUCUACAAAUCAUAAAGAUAUUGGAACAUUAUAUUUUAUUUUUGGGGCUUGAGCUGGAAUAGUUGGAACUUCUUUAAGUUUACUAAUUCGAGCAGAAUUAAGUCAACCAGGUGUAUUUAUUGGAAAUGAUCAAAUUUAUAAUGUUAUUGUAACUGCUCAUGCUUUUAUUAUAAUUUUUUUUAUAGUAAUACCAAUCAUAAUUGGAGGAUUUGGAAAUUGAUUAGUUCCUUUAAUGUUAGGAGCUCCAGAUAUGGCCUUUCCUCGAAUAAAUAAUAUAAGUUUUUGAAUACUACCUCCUUCAUUGACACUACUACUUUCAAGUAGUUUAGUAGAAAAUGGGGCUGGGACUGGAUGAACAGUGUAUCCCCCUCUUUCAUCUGGAACAGCUCAUGCUGGAGCUUCAGUAGACUUAGCUAUUUUUUCUUUACAUUUAGCAGGAAUUUCAUCAAUUUUAGGUGCAGUAAAUUUUAUUACAACAGUAAUUAAUAUACGAUCUUCAGGAAUUACUCUUGAUCGAAUACCUUUAUUUGUUUGAUCAGUAGUAAUUACUGCAGUUUUAUUACUUCUUUCUUUACCUGUUUUAGCUGGUGCUAUUACUAUGUUAUUAACAGAUCGAAAUUUAAAUACUUCAUUCUUUGAUCCAAUUGGAGGAGGAGACCCAAUUUUAUAUCAACAUUUAUUUUGAUUCUUUGGACAUCCAGAAGUUUAUAUUUUAAUUCUUCCAGGGUUUGGAAUAAUUUCUCAUAUUAUUACUCAAGAAAGAGGAAAAAAGGAAACAUUUGGAACUUUAGGAAUAAUUUAUGCUAUAUUAGCUAUUGGUUUAUUAGGGUUUAUUGUUUGAGCUCAUCAUAUAUUUACAGUUGGAAUAGAUGUUGAUACACGAGCUUACUUUACAUCUGCUACAAUAAUUAUUGCUGUACCAACAGGAAUUAAAAUUUUCAGUUGAUUAGCUACUCUUCAUGGAACACAAUUAAACUAUACGCCUGCUUUAUUAUGAUCAUUAGGAUUUGUAUUUUUAUUUACUGUUGGAGGAUUAACAGGAGUUGUAUUAGCUAAUUCUUCUAUUGAUAUUGUUCUUCAUGAUACAUAUUAUGUUGUUGCUCAUUUCCAUUAUGUAUUAUCUAUAGGAGCUGUAUUUGCUAUUAUAGCAGGAUUUAUUCACUGAUAUCCUUUAUUAACAGGAUUAGUAAUAAACCCUACAUGAUUAAAGAUUCAAUUUACUAUUAUAUUUAUUGGAGUAAAUUUAACAUUUUUCCCACAACAUUUCUUAGGAUUAGCAGGAAUACCACGACGAUAUUCUGAUUUUCCAGAUAGUUACUUAGCAUGAAAUAUUGUUUCAUCAUUAGGUAGAACAAUUUCAUUAUUUGGAAUUGUAUUCUUUUUAUUUAUUAUUUGAGAAAGUAUAAUUUCUCAACGAACACCUUCAUUCCCUAUACAAUUAUCAUCAUCAAUUGAAUGAUAUCAUACUCUUCCACCUGCAGAACAUACAUAUGCAGAACUUCCAUUAUUAUCAUCUAAUU